GCGGUGGAGCUGGAGCUGAGCAGCGAGUCCGCCGGGCACCGCUUCACACACGAGAGGAAUUGCCCUGGGCGCGGCACGAGGGCUGGGCUCUCCUGGGGGGAGCCUGGAGCCUGUAUGUGCCUGGGGGAGCUGCUGUAUUAGGCACCACCUUCCAUGGUCAAUAAUGAACAACGCCAGCAUGCCGAGCACAUAUUCUUAUCAUUUAGAAAGUCAAAAUCACCAUUUGCUGUUUGCAAGCAUAUUUUGGAAACUAGUAAAGUGGACUAUGUCCUUUUUCAAGCUGCCACAGCGAUAAUGGAAGCAGUUGUAAGAGAAUGGAUUCUCCUGGAAAAAAGUAGCAUCGAGUCACUGCGAACAUUCCUUCUAACCUAUGUCUUACAAAGGCCUAACCUUCAAAAGUAUGUUCGGGAGCAGAUUCUGUUAGCAGUAGCAGUCAUAGUGAAACGAGGAUCAUUAGACAAAUCAAUUGACUGCAAGAGCAUUUUCCAUGAAGUCAGCCAGUUGAUAAGCAGUGGUAACCCCACUGUGCAAACUUUGGCCUGUUCUAUUUUAACGGCAUUGUUGAGUGAGUUUUCAAGUUCAAGUAAAACCAGCAACAUUGGAUUAAGCAUGGAGUUCCAUGGUAACUGUAAACGUAUAUUUCAGGAGGAUGAUCUCCGGCAGAUCUUCAUGCUUACAGUAGAGGUACUUCAGGAAUUCAGCAGACGUGAAAACCUCAAUGCUCAGAUGUCUUCGGUGUUUCAGCGUUAUCUUGCACUAGCCAAUCAGGUCUUAAGUUGGAACUUUCUUCCUCCAAAUUUGGGCAGACAUUAUAUAGCUAUGUUUGAAUCCUCACAAAAUGUGAUGCUAAAGCCAACAGAGUCCUGGCGUGAGACCCUUCUGGACAGCAGAGUUAUGGAACUUUUCUUUACAGUACAUCGAAAAAUCAGAGAAGAUACAGAUAUGGCACAAGACUCACUACAGUGCCUAGCACAGCUAGCCUCUCUACAUGGGCCAAUAUUUCCUGAUGAAGGCUCACAAGUUGAUUACCUGGCACACUUCAUUGAGGGAUUAUUGAAUACUAUCAAUGGAAUUGAAAUAGAGGACUCUGAAGCAGUGGGAAUUUCUAGUAUUAUCAGCAACCUGAUAACCGUGUUUCCUCGCAAUAUUUUAACUGCCAUUCCAAGUGAACUUUUCUCUUCAUUUGUUAACUGCCUCACACACCUGACCUGUUCUUUUGGGAGAAGUGCUGCACUGGAAGAAGUGCUUGACAAAGAUGACAUGGUAUACAUGGAAGCAUAUGAUAAAUUGCUGGAGUCCUGGCUUACUUUGGUACAAGAUGACAAACAUUUCCAUAAAGGCUUCUUUACCCAACAUGCUGUUCAGGUUUUUAACUCUUAUAUUCAGUGCCACCUAGCUGCUCCCGAUGGUACAAGGAAUUUGACUGCCAAUGGUGUAGCCUCUCGUGAGGAAGAAGAAAUAAGCGAGCUGCAGGAAGAUGACAGAGACCAGUUUUCUGACCAGCUGGCAAGUGUUGGCAUGCUGGGAAGAAUUGCUGCAGAACACUGUAUACCUCUUCUUACAAGUUUAUUAGAAGACCGAGUGACGAGGCUCCAUGGUCAGUUACAAAGGCAUCAGCAGCAGUUACUUGCCUCACCAGGAUCAGGCUCAAUUGACAAUAAAGUGCUUGAUGACCUGUAUGAGGAUAUCCAUUGGCUUAUUUUAGUCACAGGCUACCUCUUAGCUAAUGAUACUCAGGGAGAGACUCCGUUAAUACCUCCAGAAGUAAUGGAAUAUUCCAUUAAGCAUUCAACUGAGGUUGACAUCAAUACAACACUUCAAAUUUUGGGAUCUCCAGGAGAAAAGGCCUCUUCCAUCCCAGGGUACAACAGAACCGAUUCUGUCAUUAGGUUAUUAUCUGCCAUCCUAAGAGUUUCAGAAGUAGAAUCUCGAGCAAUAAGGGCAAAUCUAACACACCUUCUGAGCCCACAAAUGGGAAAAGAUAUUGUCUGGUUUCUUAAGCGCUGGGCAAAGACCUAUCUCCUAGUGGAUGAAAAGCUGUAUGACCAGAUAAGUCUGCCAUUUAAUACAGCAUUUGGUGCAGAUACCGAGGGUUCACAGUGGAUUGUGGGUUAUCUGUUAGAAAAAGUAAUCAGUAACCUGGCAGUAUGGAGUUCUGAACAGGACCUUGCAAAUGACACUGUGCAACUGCUAGUAACAUUGGUGGAAAGGAGAGAGCGGGCAAAUUUAGUAAUUCAGUGUGAAAAUUGGUGGAAUUUAGCUAAGCAGUUUGCAAGGCGAAGCCCACCUCUCCAUUAUUUGUCUAGUUCUGUGCAAAGAACACUAAUGAAAGCGUUAGUUUUGGGAGGUUUUGCUCAUAUGGACACAGAGACAAAACAACAGUAUUGGACUGAGGUUCUUCAGCCGCUUCAACAGCGAUUCUUGAAUGUGAUAAAUCAAGAAAACUUUCAACAGAUCUGUCAGGAAGAGGAGGUGAAACAGGAAAUCACUGCCACGCUAGAAGCACUUUGUGGCAUUGCUGAGGCUACCCAAAUUGACAAUGUAGCAAUCCUCUUUAAUUUUCUAAUGGACUUCCUCAACAAUUGCAUUGGAUUAAUGGAGGUGUACAAAAACACACCAGAGACUGUUAACCUCAUAAUAGAAGUCUUUGUUGAAGUUGCACAUAAACAAAUAUGCUAUCUUGGAGAGGCCAAAGCCAUGAAUUUGUAUGAGGCCUGCCUAACUUUGCUUCAAGUGUAUUCCAAAAAUAAUUUAGGUAGGCAGCGCAUAGAUGUUACAGCAGAAGAGGACCAAUACCAGGAUCUUCUUCUUAUUAUGGAGCUUCUUACUAACCUUCUGUCAAAAGAAUUUAUAGAUUUCAGUGAUACAGAUGAAGUAUUUAGAGGACAUGAGCCAGGACAAGCUGCAAAUCGAUCUGUUUCAGCAGCAGAUGUUGUUUUAUAUGGAGUUAAUUUAGUUCUACCUUUGAUGUCCCAGGAUUUGCUCAAAUUUCCAUCUCUGUGUAAUCAGUACUACAAAUUAAUCACCUUCAUCUGUGAAAUAUUCCCAGAGAAAAUUCCACAGCUUCCAGAAGACUUGUUUAAAAGCCUAAUGUACUCACUGGAGUUAGGGAUGUCAUCAAUGAGUUCUGAAGUGUGCCAGCUUUGUCUGGAAGCUCUAACACCAUUAGCAGAACAAUGUGCAAAAGCACAAGAAACAGAUUCAUCCCUCUUUCUAGCAACAAGGCACUUUCUUAAGAUGGUCUUUGACAUGCUGGUACUGCAAAAGCACAAUACAGAAAUGACAACUGCAGCAGGAGAAGCAUUCUACACGUUAGUGUGUUUGCAUCAGGCAGAAUAUUCAGAGCUAGUUGAAACAUUGCUAUCAAGCCAACAAGAUCCAGUCAUUUACCAGCGAUUAGCAGAUGCCUUCAACAAGCUUACUGCAAGCAGCACUCCUCCUACACUGGACCGUAAGCAGAAGAUGGCCUUCCUAAAGAGUUUAGAGGAAUUUAUGGCCAAUGUUGGCGGACUUCUCUGUGUAAAAUAAACAACAAAACUCCUAUGCCUCAUUUAGACCCUUUCUGCAAAAUGCACUGAGAAAUGCUGAAUGCUGACUAAAUCUUGUAACUAUUUCCGGGUUCUUUGCAGCCAUCUCAGAUUUUAGAGAGCCUGGAAGUUUGAUAUAACACAGUGAAAUAGGAGAGGUCAACUUUGAAUCAGCUUCUGCUAUUGUGUGUUAGCCACAAUCUGUCAUACUUUGUUUGUUGUAAAGAAUGAACAGCAAAUUGACAUUAAAAAUGUGCAAACCAAUAUGGGCACAGUGAAAAAUAGCUUCAGUGCCUUUUCCCCAUUGGUUUAAAACGUGAGUGGCCAGACAGACUUUUACAGAAUAUUUUUUUUGUUACUGAAAAUCAUUGUAGAGUAUGACAUAGACACGUACAAAACUGUAAACAAUUUAGCUAAUUCAAACUUUUUUUUCCUCUCUGAAGGUUGAAUUAGUGAUCCAAUGAAAAAACACCAAAUGGUAUUUUAAACUUGUGUUUUGUUUUUCUACAUCAGCCUGGUGUUGCAUGUUUUAUGUAAUACAGGUUUCUAUGUUCUGUUCUGCUGCCUGAAGUUCAAAAGGAAAAAGGUGUAUAUUUUUGUUCCCCUAAAAUGAACUUUAGGAACUGUAGCCAUUUCAUUGCCUUAAUUUUAAAAAGAGAAGAAAAGAAAAAGCUGAUACACUUUAGAUAAGAAGUGUAAGGCAAGAUUUGAUUCUUCAGAGUUAGCUUAGGAUGUUGGCAUUAAGCUGCUGGGUAUCUGUUGCAGCCCUCUUCAUGUGGAUGUACAAGUAAUGUUGGAGUGCGAGUCUAAAGCAAGGUUCAUGUGUAGUUUUACUUUCAGUACCUGUUUUAACCCACACCCAAGUCGCACACAGCUGCAAUGUAUUUCUACACUGAACCAUUUGCUUAAGCAAUAACAAUUCAAAGGGUGUAAAUUAUUGAUUUUACAAACUUUUUUAAGUUGGGGCAUUAGAUAAAACAAUUAUGCUAGACUGGGGGUUCCAAAUGGUGUUUUAGCCAAGGGCCAUAUAUAUUUGUUUUUUAGGGGCAGAAAGACUAUUAGUAUCUGCAGUGAAUUUUUUUCCUGCUACAACCUCCAGACCGCUUGGUGCUCUUGCCUCUUGCUCCUUUGCUCAGCUGUGUGUGAGCAUGUAAGUUCUUGGGAGCACGGGGGUGAUUUCAUAUUGCCAGCCAAUAGCUGGAUAUAGCGGAACAAGGGAGAGAAAUGCAAGAACAUGGAAUCAGAUCUAAGUCAUGAGCCAGACAAAGCUGAAAUGAACAUACACAGGUUGUAUGCUGGAUACAAGGUUUUUGUCAGGGAGCAGGCAAGGAAGAAUUUGGCCCUUUGGUCUUAUGCUUGAGACCUCUGCUAGAUUGUGAUGUUGAAUGUUUUCCAUGUGGUUUUUACAUUUAUAUAAAAUGUACAGUAUAUACACCUUACAGUGCUGUGUAUAGCAUCAUGUUUGCAACUGUGCCAUUCUUCAGCUGUUCAUCUCAACAAAAAAAAAAAUCACAUUUGCCAGAAUUACAAAUGGCAUAAAUCUGUAACACUGUGCCAGUCACAGUGGUCCAAGGCAUACUUUGAGUUAAAUCCAUGUGUGUGUCCUGUAUGGAAUAUGAGGGCAAAAAGUGCCAUCUCUUCAGAACAUUUUCUCUCUUAACUUAAUCUGUUGCUAAUAUGAAAACUGGGCUGGAAUAAACCUACACCUUAAGAUACCCAUAAAAUGUGUUAGACAAUAUUCCUUUACAAUUUAAUACUGUAUUUCAUCUGUUUUAAGAUUUUCAGUAAUGUUUUUUGAACAGGGAAAUUGUCUUCACAUUUCUUCCUUGAAAAUAUUGCUUUCUUAUGUAUGCAACAAAACGACUUGCAUUUGUGAUGAGAAAAUGAUGCCAGUGUGUCAUUCUGUUUUAUUCAGCCUUGUUUCCAGUUGUUCCAUCAUAUGGAUUGCAAAUUUAUAGGAGCUGCUUUUAGCAUUCACAUCUGAGUUUUUACGUUCUAUAGCAGUUUUCAAAACAUACUCUUUGUUGAAAGGCAGUUCAGACUUAGAAGCAUGAGCAAUAGUAAGAAUUGCUAGUCUACAUUGGCAUUGCCAAGCAUUGAAUUAAUGGGCCGGAUUCCUCAAAAACAAAUAUUUUUACUUUUUCAGAUCUGAUUUGAAAAAAUAAUGUGUUCAAACAGUAUGUCAAACAAAUAUAUCCAAUAUUUUCAGAAUUACUUUAUUUACUUAAAAUAGUGCCUCCCAUUCAUGCUGACCUCCAGGCAUUCUAGAGAUUAUUCCAAAAUUUCUGUGGUUUAUUGAGCCUAAUUUUGUUAAUAUUUAAAAAAAAAAAAAAAAAAAAAAAAAAAGCCAACCCAAAAAA